CAAAACUGUGAUUGUUUAAAUUAUAUGUAAAAAAAAAAAAGAACAUUUUUAAACUCAAUUUGAGGAAGAAGUGUUUUUUUGUGAAAAGUAGAAAAAACUUGUAAAAAUGAUAACAUACAAAAACAAUGCCAUUGGUCAGGUAUCACCUGCAAAUGCAACAACGACCAACUCAACUCCCGUCAAGGCAUUCGUCAAUAAUCCCCAAAUGCAACAGCAAAUUGUCAACAUACAAAAUUUGCAAAACAUUCCGCAUCAAUUUAUUCAGGCGGCGGCAGCGGGCAACCAGACUGUGAUUCAACAGAAUCCAUCUGGCAAUAAUAUGUUCUCGAUUGUGCAACCAAUGCAGACGGUGACAAUCGAUGGCCAAGAGGCUUUUUUCAUUCCCAAUAUAAAUUCGCAGCUUGCCGGAGCGCAACCAAUCAAUUUUAACGGGCAGCAAGCGUUUCUUGCUCCCAAUGGUCAGAUUAUUCGCGCCCCACUUCCGCAAGCGACUAAUAACACUGUGCUUCCAGCUCAGUUUAUUCAGAAUCUCGGUCAGACGAUGCAGCUGCCGAGUCAGGUUGCAUCGGGAGGUGGGAAUGGCGAAGCAAUGUUGACUAUUCCUGGGACGAAUAUUCAAAUUCCCAUUGCCCAUUUGACUAAUGCCAAUGCUGUAGUUCAGCAAGGUGCUGGGAAUAGUCAGAAUGCAGCAGCAGCAGCUGUUCAAGCUGCUCAGCAGCAACAACAACAACAACAAUCUCAGCAGCAACAAGGACAGUCGCAAUCACCGCAGCAGCAGGCGGCUGCUGCUCAAGCUGCUGCUCAGAAUCAAGCAAAUCAGCAAGCGGCUAAUACGACGACACUUCCGGCGACGAUAACGAUUCCCGGAACGAACAUUACAAUACCCACUUCGAUGGCAGCGGCAAAUGGUCUUCUUGGAAACAUUGGUAAUCUUUUAGGCCAGAAUCUAAAUACAAUCAAAGUGGAAGGACAAAAUAUACAAUUGCGUCCGGCGGGAACUUCUAUUCCGCAUGUUGUGCAGUUUCCCUCAGCUCCCAUUGCACAAACUGUAGCUGUUCAGAUACCCAUUCAAACGGCUAAUGGGCAAACUAUAUACCAAACUGUCCAUGUGCCAGUUCAGCAGUUGGGAAUGCAAGGUUUGAUGCAGCAAUCUCCACAAAUGCAGAUUAUUCCACAAUUUACACAAUUUGCUAAUGUUAUUACGCCAAAUGGACAAAUACAACAGGUGCAAUUGUCACCUAUCAAUCCAAUGGCUUUGCAUGCUGCUCAGCAGCAUCCGAAUGUUAUUAUAAAUCAAUCGAAUUUACAAAAUGUUGCAGCGGCUGCUGCAGCAGCAGCUAAUCAGGGUAACAAUGCGCAGGGUGGUCAGCAGAGUAGUAACGCGGGAGGAGGUGGUGGAGGGAAUAGUGGUCAACAGCAGCAGCAACAAGCGAAUCAAAGUCAACAACAGGCUCAGCAAGAAGCAAAUGCAGCAGUUGCUCAACAACAACAACAGCAACAACAACAGCAGCAGCAACAACAACAACAACAGCAACAGCAACAACAUAAUCAGCCCAUCACGAUAACCAACGCUCAAGGCCAACAGUUAACCGUGAUUCCAGCUCAAGCUCUACAACAAUUUCGACCAGCAGCACCAGCUAAUACCAGCAACAUAAUUCAUUUGCCAAAUCUACCUGGUCUUCAGGCAUUGCCAAUACAAAAUAUUCCCGGCAUAGGAAAUGUUCAAAUAAUCCAAGCACAUCAGCUGCCACAAAAUAUUCAAGGUUUUCAGAACUUUCCCGGCGCCCAGGUAAUUUCUGCAAAUGUUGCUCAGCAAACCAGUAAUCAACAGAAUCAACAGCAACAAGGGCAACAACACCAGCAGCAACAGCAUCAGCAAGUAAUUGUAACGGCUUCAAAAAACGAGUCGCAGUCUCCUCCCCAGAUUACACAGACGCUUAUCGCGAAUAUUAAACAAGAGCCACCAGAUAUAAAAUGGGUAACAGCCACUGCAGCUACUCCACAGCAACAACAGCAGUUGCAACAACAAUUGCAGCAGUUACAAGCAGCCCAACAGCAACAACAACAACAGUUGCAACAACAGCAGCAGCAGGCUCAACAACAACAACAGCAGGCGCAACAACAAGCGCAACAACAAGCGCAACAGCAAGCGCAACAGCAGGCGCAACAGCAACAGCAGCAACAAGCCGCACUUCAUCAAAAUUCAAAUGCGAAUAUCACGGUUACAGAAGUUUCGACCCCAAGUCCAAUUCACGUUGCGUCGCCGGGGCAAGCUCAGCAGCAACAAAAUGCACAGCCAACUUUCACAACUGUCUCAGUGGGCAAUACCAGCAUAAUGCAAAUUCCAGCGACUAGCACUUCCUCUGGACACCAACAAGUGCAACCGCAACAACAAACGCCAAACACUCAAGUGUCGAGUCAUCACCAGCCACAACAGGGCCAAACCUCUGUCAACGUCAACAUCAGCGUCAAUGACAGUUCAAGUGAAACAAAACCGCGACUUAAACGCGUCGCAUGCACCUGUCCCAAUUGCAAAGAAGGUGAAAAGCACUCUGAUCGCAAGAAGCAACACAUCUGCCACAUACCCGGCUGCAACAAGGUCUAUGGCAAAACCUCUCACCUGAGAGCUCAUUUGCGAUGGCACACUGGCGAGCGUCCUUUUGUCUGCUCGUGGCUCUUCUGUGGCAAACGUUUCACGCGAUCUGACGAAUUGCAACGCCAUCGCCGAACCCACACCGGCGAAAAGCGAUUCCAAUGCAGAGAAUGCAACAAAAAGUUCAUGCGCAGUGACCAUCUCUCCAAGCACAUCAAAACCCACUACAAAUCGUCGCGCUCCCAGCUCGACUUGAUGGAAUCAUCCAUCAAAGAAGAAAAAGAACUUGAAAGCAUAGUGGCGGGUUUGGGUCAUAUGACAGGUGCAAAGACCAUAACCAGUUCCAAUGGGAUUGUAACAAUUGAACUACCAUCGGUUGCAGGCUCAACCAGUGACAUGGGCGGUACACUCAGCCAAUCGCCAGAGCCAUCAUCGGAUGGCAGUUGCCCCGAAGACGAUAGCGGUGAUGAGGAGAAAAUGAUGAUCACAAUUGGCGAUAUGCCCGAUAUGGUUGGUGAGAAUUCCAACUAGCAUACGGGCACCCUGUUCAUGGAACAGUUUGGGAACUUCGACUCCAGUGGCAAAUUUACCUUCGAAGAGUUUUAAUUCGCAGCAUGUAGCAUGCUAUUAGGAUGCCUGCAGCGUCUGUCUGUCUGUCCUUUUUUCUCUGUGUACAUAGUUUUUGCUUUAAUCAAAGGUUUUACUUUAUUUUUUUUUAUGUUUAAAUAGACUUUAUAAUUCACUUCACUUGACUUCCCUUCCUUUCUUCCUAUCUCUAUCUCUCUCUUACACAUAAAAUGUAUCAUAAUAAGUUUAAGAUAAAACCCAGAAAAAACAAAAAUAUUCUCACAUAAAGUGAGUUAUUAUAAAAAAAAAGAAAAAAAAA